AAAUCCACGAUACAAAAUUAAGUAUGUGUCUCGGAAUAGGAAUGCACUUAACGCAACGUACUAAUUUUGAUGUAGUGUCUUAAACAGUCACCGAUUGAAUGUCGAUACCUAUCUGGUUUGCUGUCGUUAUUCAAAGAGAAACUUCCAGCGAAUUGUGUGUAUCCGAUCACUGUAUCCGUGCGAAACACUUACGCUCUAAAACCAGUACGUAAACGAAUUUCAAUGAGCUUACCAUUAUAUGAAUCUUCCUGUGAAAAUAAUGAAUUUUUAAAUAUCAAGAAAUUUAUUGCACUUCCAUGCGGAUAUUUCCCCGAUGCGUGUACUCAAGUAUACCUUGGUUACGAUUGGUUGGAGGUUCCUGAAAGCGGUGCUAUAGAUUCACCGCUGCAUUCUGACUUUGUUCCGUCGAAGUCGCACAACUGUAUACAUUCUGAUAAAGGUACCUUAGAAACCUACAUAGGACAGAGUUUAACGGAAUAUCCAAGCGGUUCAGAAAAGUCACUGCCACACAUAACAGAUCCACAUCUUCGACGUUUUCGUUUAAGCCAUCUGCCUGAAGAUUCAAAUUUUCUAAAGGGUUCUAAUAAUAUAGCUGGCCCGCUUAAUGAAAAUGAAUUAAGAUGAAUGAUGUUGCUAAAUAUAGCUUUUCGAAUGAUCCAAAGGAGAUGAAAG